GGGUCCCAGACGCUGCACGCCCAUCCCAACCCCCCUGUGCAGGAGCUGGUCAACGGAAACUACCCGCUACGGGCAGCAAUCAUGUCGGGCGACGGGGAGUGCUGCCGACUGCUGCUGGAGCACGGGGCGUCUCCCAACCACUGCAGCACUCGCGGCACGCCGCUCAUGGCGGCGGCAGCGGCCGGUGACUGUGAGACGCUGGUGCUGCUGCUGGACGCGGGGGCGGAUAUCGAGGCUGAGGCCAAGGACGGCUUGACAGCACUGGCCGCAGCGGUUCGGGAGAACCAGAAAGAAGCAGUGCGGCUGCUGCUGCGGCGCGGCGCUAGCCCCACGCGGCCCAACAAGGACGGCGUGAGCCCGGUGGACCUGGCGCAGGAGAAGGUGCUGCCCGAGGUGUACAGCCUGCUGAUGCAGGCCAGCAUCACGCACGCGGCGGAUGAGGCGCUGCGCUCGAGUGAGGUGCGGCAGGCGGCGGCGCGCGAGGAGGUGCAGGCGGCGGCGGACAAGGCGGCGGCGGAGGCGCGGGAGCAGCUACAGGUGUCGCGAGAACAGACGGACCUGAAGAUUGGGGCUAUUCGGGACGAGUCAGAGGAGCUGCUGAAACGCCUUGGUAUCAGCCGGAAAAAGUGAGGGUUGGCCUAGAGCGAUAGAAAGAGGACUGCGGUUGGGGGCCAUAGGCUGCGGGUCCAAAGGAUUGGACUAGCGGAGUCGGGCACAUCUUCGAGUUUCGAUGUUUGGAGGAUUAGCAUGUUGGACGCAGCCGGGGUACAUGUAACGACAGGUGACA